AUGAGUAUAAAGAAUAAAAUUGACAUGAGCCUUGAUGAGCUCAUAGAGAAGGAAAACAUAAAAGGUAAUCAGAAAGGGCCAAAUGAGAAGAAGAUAGUUAACAAGUCGAUUGAGAAAAACUCAGGACAAAAAUUUUUGCACAGUAUAAUCAUCUCAAACGUUAAUAGUAAUAAUUUGGAUUUGUACAAAAAAGAAUUCAGCAAAUUUGGAAAAAUUUAUAAUAUUUAUCAUGACAGUGAGAAGAAGAUCACAUACGUAAAAUAUGAUAAUAAGAAUUCCUGCGAAAAUGCUAUAAAGUCUAUGAACGGUAACCCCCUGGAUGGAGACACCUUAACGAUAGUGAUGGGAAAGAAAAUUCCAGACAAAAAAAACAACAGGGGAUCCAACCAGAACAACCAUAUGAACAACAACAACAACAACCAUAAGCAGAAUAAAAUAAUUCCUCAUUUUAAAAUGCCCAUGUACAACCCCAACGGUCCCUACCCAUACUACAUGAAUAAUAAUCACGGGAACUUCCACCCGCCCCCCUAUGGCCACAUCCCCUACCAGAAUCCUUAUCAGAAUAACAUGUUCGACAAAAGCAUGCCUCCCUUUAACGGCGGGGGAAAAAACGUUUACGAUAAUCAAAAGAAUAACACCAUCAUAGUGACUAACGUUCCCACCUACCUAAACGCGGAAGAUAUCUUUUCAGCCUUUCAGGAGACAGGAAAAAUUGUGGAUGUACAAAUCCUCAUGAAUGAGAAGAGAAAACUAACCGGGAUCGUUAGCAUCGAGUACGAAAAAAACGAGUCUGCCUCCGAUGCAGUGCGCAUGUACGAUGGUGGAUUUCUAAAUGACAACAGGAUUAGGGUCUUCCUGGACUGCCGCUAG